AUGGUCGUUGUCGUGCAUCCAUGGGGAUUUGGGAUGCCUUCUACUCCCUGCGACCAAGUGCGGCUGAGCCGCUGGCAACUAGUCAUGCUACCCUCACACUGCCAGGCUCGACGGGAUAGCGAGAAACCCGACGGCGAGGCGGCUCCUGGGAGCUCGGGUUGGAUUGACGGAAGAAUGUUGUACUGCGUGGUUCCGCAUGUUGCAGCUGGAGCGGUCCACGAGCAAAUUGAGGUCCCUCAGUGUUUCACUACAUCCGCGAGCCUCUUCCUCAUCAGGCUCAGGUUUCUAAGGGCCAUGGCGAGCACCAUAUCUCAGAACGAGCUUCUCGAUCUAUGGCGACUCGCCAAGGCAGCCGCUUCACCUCGCGAAAGGUCAACACAUUUCCUUGCCACCACCAUGUGCGCUACUGACAGUGAUUUGCAAGAAGGAGCCUCUGGGGGCUCUCCUGAACAUUUGAAAAGAAGGCAGGGCCCUGCAAGACCGAGGAUUCGAUUCAAUCCCUUAGACGUGUGUGCACUCUUGAUAUCUGGGGCAAUGGAUGUGAACGACUUGCCUCUCCUUGAAAAGCUGGAAGCGGCUGCAGAAGAGGCUGAGAAAGCGGAGCAGCAGAAAGGCCGUUGGAGCUGGUUGGCAGGGCUAGUGCGAUCCAAUCAAACACGAGGUCAUAUUUGGAAGGCUGCAGCUUGUAAAUUGCGUCUUGAUCGCUCCUCCCAUGAACCUUCUUCGCAGAGUCAUAGGAAAAUGCAUGCCUUAGCAGGAAGCCACCCACAUCCGUUUCUUUAUAGCCACCCCAGUGGAGGCACGCAGAAAGACAUGGUACUGACAGACGCCGCUCCGGCACAAGGCCCUUUUGGAAUGCGCAUGCCAGGGAGAGCACCUCAGCACAGUCGCAGUAUGAGAUCCCCCCAAGGCGAUUUGGGAGCACAAGAAGAAGCAGUGGAGGUGCCACCCAGUAGGACGACUUGUGCCAGCACUAGCCAGGGAUCUGGAGGAUUUCCGGAUCGGCACACAGAACACUUGAGUGAAGAGGAGGAGAUGGGGGAAGACGCAGCAGCAGCAAUAUCUCGCCGCGGGAGCACUGUCCUUGCGCUGCUGCCUCACGGCUGCCGCUGGCCCCAAUCUAUGGCUGUUAAGGAACGAGAUCCCAGUGGAGGCUCUACUGGUGCUCUGCCUUCGGGGUGCCUUCACAGAUCACCUCAGGUGGCCAGAGCAGCGCGCGAUAUUGGGGAGUUCACUGGGGGCAGUGCUUUCAACGAUGGGUGGAAGGAAGCUGUUGGUUUCCGAAUAAAGCGCAGCGGAGUAGGCAGUCGUCGCCGUCGUGAGCUGGAGAGGCGGAGGCAGCGCUUGUCACCGCUGGACCCCCCCUAUGACGCGUAUGCACUACUUUUGCACCCCUUCUGCGUGACACCCUCCACGAGUCUACCAGACGUGGAGACGGCCAGGGCAAGCGAGGUGCACGAGGUUGCACUAGAUUUCCUUAGCAGAGCCAAGGCAACGGAGGCAUGCCCUCAGUGCAACAGGUCGACAGGCACAAGCAGAGACGCAGGAGUCGCAGAAGAAGCCGGCCGCCUGCCGCCCCCACGUUGUCCCUUGCACCAGACGCUCCACUACACGAAAGUUGGAGAGGGACCAGAGAAUGUGAUCCUUAUUCACGGCAUCUGCAUGAGCGGCUACUUUUUUGCCGACGUUAUUCGGGUCCUCUUUCCGCAAUCUGAAGGCAUUUCCUUGGGAGCUUCCUCUCAUGACGACCCCCAUGAACGCUGGCGCUAUACUUUCUACUGCGUAGACCUCUUGGGGUACGGAAAAAGCAGCGCUGUUCCACCAACGCAAAACUACUCGCGGAGGGAACAGGCAGAAGCAAUUUUACGGGACGUUGUAUUGGAGAACGGCUUGACUUCUGUACACUUGGUUGGCCACUCCUUCGGGGGCCUAGUUGCCGCGGAGUUGUGCGAAAUGCUUCCGCCCGGUUUCGUUACUACGCUCAUUCUUUUGGCGCCAGCAUACUUCGAGUCUGAGAGGCAAGCCAUGAGGAUUCUCACGGCCUCCCACUUCCCCGCUUCUCACACAGUUGCCCAUCCGUACUUCGGGGAGUUCCUGCUACGGCUAGGUGUGGUACUGCGACCCUUCUUUGAGCCUCUUGUCCUGAGCAUCGUUCCCCGAGGAGAACUCCCACAGCUCUCCGUAGCUGACGUCUUCAGCAUCCACCCCGACGCCCUAACAGGAACGAUUCGAUCCAUUGUGCAAGACCGUGUUGACAGGACGUUUCAGCUACUGCGCCAGAGAGGUCAGCGGGCCAGUGUCUUCCACGGCACAGCUGACGGGGUCAUUCCAAUACGACAGGCGAGAUUCCUUGCUUUGAGAUACCCUAAUAUCCACGUGAGGGCUUUGGCUGGAUUCGUGCAUCAUUUCCCUGCAUCCCAUGCGCAGUUCACUGCGCAUAUCAUCAUCCAGGAGAUCGGGAGGUCUCUGCGUAACGGGCGGGGUCUUAGUUACAGCCUAGAUGACGACCCUGCAAGCGCAUUGAUAGCCUCGCAUGCUCUCCUUCUGCCAGGUCACCCCACCUGGGACUAA